AUGUUUCUCACUCUUCUAAUCAGUUUCUUCGGCCAGUUAACCUAUGCGAAACUGUUACAAAUCAACGAAUGGCAUUACUUCAAGCUGAAUCCCGGCCAGAAAGCUUAUAUGGAUUUAAACGUGUUUCAAACUUGUGAUAGGCUCAAUCUAGUCAUCUCAUCACCCAGCCACGACACUUCCAUCUUUAGUUUUCUAUUCGAUGGAGAUUAUCUAGAAAAGAUUGAUGUAUCGUCCAUUUCAUCCAUUAACAUCACAAAACCUCCAUUGGCCGUUGGUGGAUGUCGAGAGUACAAUCGUAGGCCAAUCCUUAUCAACAUUACUUCUUCAUAUAGUUUUUAUGAGCUUCAUAUCGACAAUCAAAUAUAUCGACGACCGAAAGAACGAUUUUCGGAUUCUUUAGGAAUUCUAAUUCCUCAGGAUGUCCCCUGCUGUUUGAUCCGCUCAAUUCUUUUGACCGACAACGAUGUCUUCACAACAACUCCUGUCAACCCUAGACUAUCAGGCAAAAACAAAGCAAUGAAUGCUGUUGGUCUUCCAAUUGAAACAACAACUCUUAAGUCAAUAACAGCAACAACAAGUCAUCCUCUUAUAACUGUUGCUGGAGGAGCUGAGAAUGCCGCGAGUCCAACUCGAGCAAGUCAGCUGAUAUCUUGGACAGAAUUGGUUAAUCGAGAAUGGUCGGUGUCCUUUCUGAUCUGUGCGUAUCUGACAGCUGGAAUGAUGUCCGUAUUAGUGCUCUUUGGCUUUUUGAUGUUCAUUUAUCUCCAAACAAAGCCCAAAAACGCAGCUCGCCUAUUCGCGGUUGAAAACUAUUCCUAA